AUGAUCCGGGGGCUUCUAUACCAAACUAGAGACUGGCUGGACGAUUGGACAAAAAGCGGAAGUAAUGUCUUCGUGCAUCAUGAGCUUUACAGAAAUAGUCUCCCCAACUGCAUCAGCGAUGCUUUCACAACACUGUCCUCAUAUUUGUCAAGGACACCGGAGACCAGUGAGAUGGUGCUCCGGAUUGCAGAGCUGAAGGCCGAGAGGUUAUUGGUGUCUGAGGGCGACAAAAACACAGCUGGGGAUAUUCUGAAAAGCCUAAGUCGUGUGCAAGCACUCCUGGUUUAUUGCACGAUUCGACUGCUGGACGGUGAUCUCCGCCAACGUCACAAAGCGGAGCAGCAUCUUCAGACCCUAGAGGAUUGGACAAAAGAAAUGAUGAAUAAAGCUCUCGAGGCCACAAACAACGGAGAUAUGAUUAUCAAGAACCAUCUCACGGAUGUAAGCCCUCAAUAUUUCACCUUACCGCUGCUCCUGGGCCAGUUCUCGCCUGAGCAGCUCCUCUGGCAUUCGUGGGUACUGUCAGAGUCUGUUCGAAGGACAUGGUGUGUAUCCAUGGGCCUUCAAUCAGGCUAUGAGCUGCUGAAGACUGAAUGUGGUCCCUGUUACGGGACCUUACCCAUCACUACGAGAAAGGGGCUUUGGGAAGCGACGUCGGCGUUCACUUGGACAAAGAUGUGUGCGGACAGCAACAUAGGCUUUAUGUGCAGGAAUGAUCAUGAAAAGGUCAUGGCGGAUAUGGGACCCGGAGAUAUUGACGACUUUGCGUUAUGUAUGAUGGAACUCGAUAUUGGUCCCGACAGGAUGGCAAGAUGGAAAUCUGAACGUUCAGGGGUAAGGGAGGAGAUCCGUGUGAUAACAGCCCAUCCCAUGAUGGCAAGGCAGUGGAUUCUCAACGACCAGCAGGGCUUUGAGACGUCACUCAAGUAUGAGACCAAAGUGCCCAUUCCGCCUCAAGAUGAGCUCGGUCCAAAUGAUGUUUUAGUCAAACUCCAAGCGGCCAGUCUUAACUAUCGAGACCUUGUCAUUGCUGCAUCCGCCCAAUUCGGUCCCAUAACUCCACCAAUGAUACCUCUAUGUGACGGAGCAGGAUCAGUCGAAGCUGUUGGUUCCGCCGUUAAAGACUACAAACUUGGCGACCGAGUCAUCACUUUCCCUGCACCAGACGUGGUGAUGGAGAGAGGCAACGAUGCUGAUGUUAGCAUGUCAGAUGUACCGACCAUGCUCGGCCUGGGGACCAGAGGAACGCUUCGUACCCAUGGAGUUUUCUCGGAAAGUGCCCUUGUUCAUGCGCCGCAGUCUCUCGAUUGGCUUCAGGCUGCCACUCUCCCCGUCACCUGGAUCACAGCGUGGAAUGCUCUCUCUAAGCUAGGCAGAGACAAAAUUGGACCACAAACCUGGAUCCUGGUUCAGGGAACUGGAGGCGUCAGUGUGGCGACCCUGCAACUCGCAUCGUCCUUUGGGCUCACUGUCGUGGCGACUACUUCAUCUCAGGAGAAGGCGGAGAAGUUGAAAAAGCUUGGUGCAACUCACGUUGUCAACUACCGCGAGAAUGCUACUUCCUGGGGCAAAGAGGCCCGAUCUUUGACACCUAACGGAGUAGGUUUCGAUAUGAUCGUAGAUAUCGGCGGUGAUGAGACACUCAAGCAGUCACUCGAAGCAGUGCGUCCUUAUGGGUCUAUCCAAGUCGUUGGCGCUGUUGCGCAAAACACCGAACCUGUUUCCAUGAUGGGGGCUCUCAUGUUCACGUGCACUAUUCGUGGGUUCCUUAUGGGUAGCCAUAAUCAGUACAAGGAUCUUGUGCGAUACAUUGAUGAGAAGAAGCUCAAACCUGCAUAUGAUGACAAUGUCUUUGAGCUGAUAGAUGCCAAGGAGGCUUAUAGGAAGCUGAAGGAGCAGAAGCACUUUGUCAAGGUCGUCAUCCGCAUCGAUCAUGACUAG